GACAGUGGAGAGCCGCUGGGUGAGGUCUGUUGUUGUAGCUGGGUAAAUAAUGGAGACAGGGAGUAAAGUUGGUUUAAAAAAGAGCCGGGAUCCGUCUAGUUAAUGACGGUUUAGAAGUCUCUUACAUUCCGGACGGGCAGACCUUAUUUGGGACCCUCUGUUUCAGACCUCAGUGUUAGCUCACUAUGGAUAUUAGCUGCUAACGCUACAUGCCAGUGCACCUGUCUGCCACCAGCUUCUUUGUCUCAGUCAUGCCGGUGUUUAUUCAUAUUGACUGUUAAUUAGCUUAACUUGUUAGCAUAAACGUUUGUUAGUAUUUCUGGCUACUUGUCCGGUGUGGAAGGUGUCCCCGCACUGCCACAGCGAGACAAAGAAGAUGGACUGAGAGGAGCCUUUGCCUCCAGACAUGUAUGAUAUCAACUGUCCCACUGGAUACUUCUUAUUAUAAACCCUAAUAGUCAGCUCGCCCCCGAAAAUAAGACAUGGCGUCCUCCAAAGCAAAGGUUGGAGUCAACAGUGAGACCAACUCCCUGAAAGAAAGUAGAAGUAACGCCAGCAGUUCAGCUGGAGAAGCACCACCAAAUAACAGGAUAUACUGCCUAGAUGACCUGGAGACCAUUGCUACAGUUGGCACUGGGACUUUUGGCCGAGUCUUCCUGGUCAAGGACAAGAAGAGCAGGGCCUUCCACGCCCUGAAGCAGAUGAAGAUCCCAGACGUGAUCCGACUGAAGCAGGAGCAGCACGUCCACAAUGAGAAGGAGGUGCUGGCAGAGGUCAACCACCCCUUCCUCAUCCGACUGUUCUGGACCCAUCACGACGAGCGCUUCCUCUACAUGCUGAUGGACUACGUGCCGGGCGGCGAGCUGUUCAGCUACCUACGCAGCCGCGGGCGCUUCAGCAACGCCACCGGCCUCUUCUAUACCUCUGAGAUCGUAUGCGCCAUCGAGUACCUUCACUCCAAAGAAAUUGUGUACCGCGACUUGAAGCCUGAGAACAUCCUGCUGGACAGUGAAGGACACAUCCGCCUGACCGACUUCGGCUUCGCUAAGAAGCUCUCUGACAGGACCUGGACUUUGUGUGGAACUCCCGAGUAUCUGGCUCCUGAAGUCAUCCAAAGCAAAGGACACGGCCGAGCGGUCGACUGGUGGGCGCUGGGCAUCCUCAUCUUCGAAAUGCUGGCCGGGUACCCGCCGUUCUUUGAUGACAAUCCAUUUGGAAUCUAUCAGAAGAUUCUGGCCGGAAAACUGGAAUUCCCACGCCAUCUGGAUUUCUAUGUCAAAGACCUCAUCAAGAAAUUUCUGGUCAUUGAGCGAGCCAGACGGCUAGGCAACAUGAAGAAUGGAGCAGACGAUGUGAAGAAGCAUCGCUGGUUCAAGACGAUUGACUGGGACGGAGUUCCUCUGAGGAAACUCAAGCCUCCGAUAGUUCCCAAAGUUUCCCACGAGGGCGACACCUCCAACUUCGACGUUUACCCAGAGGACGACUGGAAGAAAGACCCUCCUGUGCCUCAGAAGGACUUAGAGAUCUUCAAGAACUUCUGAUCACUGAGCCUGCUUUAUUUAUUGACGAAUAUCCUGAGAAUUGACACAGCAUAUUGUAAAGUUACUGUUACAGGCACAAUCACGGAGAAAACCUUAUUUAUCAGAGGCGGGAGUCACAUGAUAUCUGUAAAAAUGGCCUCCUUAAGCUCCACAUGAUUGACGCUGUGACAUGUAUCAUACCACAGAGAUGAUUUGCUUUUUAUAUUUUUAUUUAUCUGACUAAAGUCAAACAUUUUGCUGUUUUUCAUUUUUUUUAUCACAGUUUUUCUCUGAGCCUGCUCAUAUGCAAAAAAAAAAAAAGAAAAGAAAAAUUCUUUUGAAACCAAAAGACUGUUACUUUCUAGGUUUAAAAAAGAGAAUAAUCAGGUCUUUUUUUAUAUUAUCAUGUUUUAUAUUUUAUCUCUUUUUAAAAUGUUCAUAUUUAAUGUGACUCCAGACUGGUGCUGUAACUGUCAGCUGGCCAGUACUUAUUAUGUAGUCAUGAGUCAGACACUUUAUUUGAAAAUGCGUAGCACUUGUAAAAAGGUGCCUUACAUCACAUGUGAUGUCUCGCAAUUCUAGAAAGUCCACUUGAAACAGACAUCCACUCUAAACUUUUCUUCUCCAGCUGUUGCACUUCUACGACAGCUUUAUUCACAGCCAAAGGACUUUGUUAUUACCGUACAGUCACAGCUGUUCUACAGACUUUCCCAUAGCACCUCGUGCUCAUUCACUUAUCAUUAUCAUUGUCAUUAUCAUUGUUGUCAUGCUUUUAAAGCCAAGUCAUGUUGUCACUGUAUAGAGCUCCAUUACAGUCAGUAUUCAUCAGAUUCAUCAGGGUUCAUUCGGUGUUUCGGGACAAUAUCGGCCUUUAAAAAUAAACUGCAUAUGAUUAUGUUCGCUACCAUUAAAAUCCAAGUGAUGAUGUGA